AUGAACCGCUCAGCAUUCAACAGCAACGACACAGAGAAUCAUGAAUCCACGCUCGAAGCUUGCAGAGUUGGUGAUCUAUUUACGCUCCAAAAACUUCUGAGCAUAUCUACAAACAAGCCAAUACCAGAAGCCACUGGCCUCUCACUCCUCGCCACAGGCGUUCAACACCAACACCCAAAGAUCGUCACUCACCUCCUCACCACUCAUCCAACCAUCUCCCUCUGUCAGAGCACCGACAUCGUCGCCUCCCUCCUCUCAAAGCCCAGCAUCCCAAUUCUUCGUCUUCUGCUAGCCCACGAUUCCCAUUUCGCAAACAUUUCCAUCGAUUAUGGCAUGCGCACCUUCCUCACAGACGCCUGUCGUGAACCUCCCCCCAAAAUCAACCCUCUGAUUCACGUCCUUCUCGAUACAGGUGCUGAUGUUAAUGACGGUAUGGGACCUGGAGGUGGAGCAUUGCUUGCUGCUAUUUGGGGAGAUCAAGGAAAAGACAUUAUUCUGAAGAUUGUGAAGAAGGGUGGUUUUGUGGCGGGUCCGGUUCUGACUGCGGCCUUGCAGAAAGAGCGGGUGGAUGUUUUGAGGAUGCUUUUGAAAAGAGGAGGGGGAAACAUUGACGUUGAAGAUAUUCUACGAAGAGUACGAGCAGGAAGCAACAAGAGGAUUGAAAAGAUAGUGGAGAGGUUUAUGAUAGAAAUGGACGAAGUGACAGACGAAGAGGAGUUUCAGAAAGGGGGUACGAGGCAUAUAUAG